AUGGCAGAAAUAAUUUUGGAACGACGGAAAGCCGCUGCAGUAGUGAGCACACAAAACCCGUUGAUAAUACUGUUGAUAAUAUGUUUGAUACAACAAAUGACUGGCCAAGUCAUCAAUAGGGUGCCGCAUUUUAUACCUCAAACCGGGGACAUGUCACAAUUCAGUUUAUCAGAAGACACGAAAGUUGGGACACCGGUGUAUCAUUUAAAAGGCAUCGAUCCAGAAAACGGAACGUUAAGAUAUUCUAUAUCUGGUCAAUACUUCACCGUGGACUCCGUAACUGGCGUGGUAACGCUGGCUAGAUCGUUGGACAGAGAGGAACAAGCGAAGCUAGAAGUCAUAAUUAGUAUAACUGAUGAGGGAUUAGAUGACACUGAACCAAAUACGGUGUCUUUAAGGAGAGUGAUACCCGUGAGAGAUGUGAAUGAUAACGCUCCCGUAUUCCACAACCGACCGUAUAUUGUAAAUAUAAGCGAAGCGACUUCUGUUGGCAGCGAAAUCAAAGUAACGCCAGACAUAAUAAUAACCGACCGUGAUGAGGGUGACAACGCAAAGAUACGAGUAAAAUGUUCAGAUAAAGAAAGAGGGAGCGAUGUUGAAGCCUGUUCCACCUUCAGAGUUACAACGGAAGAAAUUACACCAAACAAAUAUCAAGUCCGUAUAUUCCUUUCCAAGCCUUUGGACUACGAAAGUCGUUGGGCGUAUGUGCUUACUCUGGAUGCGUCAGAUGUUUCUCAAAAACCUUUAAACGCAAUAGGAAGCGUGUCCAUUGCUAUACAAGACGUUCAAGAUCAACCUCCUGUAUUUGUUAACGCUCCGUAUUCAGCUACCGUUCAAGAAAAUACUCCUCCCAAUACAAAAAUACUGGAAAUAAUAGCCAAAGAUGGUGACACAGCUAAUCCCCGACCAGUGUUAUUAACCCUCGAAGACGAUACCCAACACUACUUUCGUCUACAAUCUGAAAAGUCAAUAGGCCGUGCGACACUAAUAACUUCUAAUAUCUCUGUGGAUAGAGAAAGUGAUGUAGUGGUACAGAAUGGAGGCGUUUAUACGUUUUUCGUAAAGGCAACGGAACUAAUAAACAACGAAGUGCCAUCAGACUAUACAGUCAUUCCUAUAACAAUUAUUGUAACUGAUGCCGAUGAUCAUAAGCCUAUUUUUAAUGGGGAUGUUUUUGAUAUUUCCAUACCAGAAAACAUUGAAAAUGGAAGUCCCAUUCCAGAGUUAUCAAUAUACGUAGAAGACUACGAUCUCGGUCAGAACAGUAAAUACGACUUGCAUAUCCGAAACGUUCGUAAUUCUGAAAAUGUUUUCUUGAUAACGCCAGAUCAUGGUGAAGGUAGAACUCCAAUAAGUAUUAAGGUUAAAGACUCCUCCAAACUUGACUACGACGUUGACGAUGAGGAGAAGAGACUAUUUAGUUUUGAUAUUGUAGCCACGGUUAACGGUAUAGAAUUGAGUCACGCUAAAGUGAAUAUAAAGUUACUAGAUAUGAAUGACAAUGCUCCAGUCUUUGACCAACCAUUUUAUAAAUUUAAUGUACUGGAAAACGCAUCUAUAGGCUUUAAAAUUGGUGAAGUUCAAGCCAGCGAUAAGGAUUACGGGAUUUUCGGGGAAAUAGAAUAUUUUUUAUCCGGAUUUGGAUCAAACAUAUUUAAAACGGAUAAAGUCCAGGGAGGAAUAUUUGUUGCAAAUAUGCUGGAUUAUGAAACACAAAAAAGUUACAGUUUAACACUUCUCGCUAAAGAUGGAGGCGGAAAAUCAACGUCAGUUAGUAUUUUCGUCGACGUUUUAGAUACUAACGAUAACACACCAAUAUUUGAAGCUUCCGAGUACAGCCGUACUAUAAGAGAUGGUGCAACGAGCUUUGAGCCUCAACUUGUAAUACGGGCAACAGAUGCUGAUGGUCCUACGCAAGGAGGUGGUCGCAUUAAUUAUUCUCUAGUAUCAGACAAUAGCAUAGCUCAUAAAGGUGAAGUAUUUGCUAUAGAUGAAGAAACCGGCGAGAUCACUAUUAAUAAUAAAGUUGAGACCAUGGACACUCCGAGGGGUCAAUAUGAACUAUUAGUACGAGCUACGGACUACGGAGAUCCACCACUUCAUAAUGAGACACGGGUACUCAUACGAGUAGGUGUUCCUGGUAACCAAAGACCCACCUUCAAAGGCAAUUACCAUCACUACAAGUAUAUUGUCAAUCAAAAAGAUCUCAAUGAUGAUUAUACAUUCGAUCUUAAUCCUAUGAAUUAUAAAGCAAGUAUACGAGAAAAUGCAAGUCCAGGACAAAACGUUACCAGAGUUGUAGCUCAUGAUCCAGAUGGCAUGGAUGAAUUACUGACUUACCAUAUCAUCUCUGGAUCGAAGGAUAAUUUCGCUAUAAAUGAAAAGACUGGUUUAAUAACUGUAUCAAACGACGCGAAUCUUGAUCGUGAUAUAAAUCCCGAACGCUAUGAGAUAAUUGUUUCUGCAGUGGAUAGCGGAACUCCUAUACCAGAAACGGCUACCACCACUGUGUUUGUAACAAUACAGGAUGUUAAUGACAAACCACCGAUGUUCAAUGUAACAGAAUCUACAACUUACAUUUCAGAAAGGGCCAAUGUUAAUGACUUAGUGACGAAAUUAGUAGCGUAUGAUUCAGAUCUAAACGCUAAACUUAAAUAUAGUAUAACAGAACCGAUCAAGGCAUUUUCAAAAGCUGGUGUACAGAUCAAAACUAACUCAGCAUACGAUUACAAAAACUUGUUCAAAAUAAAUGAAGACUCUGGAGAAAUUUUUGUGAAUGGAACUUUAGAUUACAGUCAAACAUCUAUAGUCAUACUUACUAUAAAAGUCACUGACGUAAACGCUGAAAUAAAUGAAGAUAAACAAUUCGCACUGUUAGAACACACAAUUUAUAUUCAGCCAUUUGCUGACAAAAAUCCCCAAUUCACUAACCCCGGUUGGACAAAUUCCAAUCCUACAAUCCAUCAUAAAAUAAAAGAAGAACAGCCCAUCGGUAGCACUGUUCUCGUAUUGAUGGCUGAGGAUCCCACUUCUGGUCAUAUCGUUUCUAAUUUCAAGGUUAUAAAUUCACAAACAAGUCUCUUACAAGUUAAUCCUUUAAGUGGACAGGUUGUUUUAACAAAUCAUUUGGAUUACGAGAAGUUGAACAGCCCCAAUUUGACACUAACAGUACAAGCUACCAGUACUGAUGGAAGCAAACACAGCAUUGCCAAUGUUAUUGUUGAAGUCAUAAAUAUAAAUGAUAAUGAACCUGUAUUUGAAAAAGAGGUUUAUAAAGUGAGUAUUUUGGAAUCCAUAAAGUAUCCAGAGCAGAUAUUAACUGUGAACGCCAAGGAUUCUGAUGCAGUUCUAACAGACGAAGAUAAGAAAAAUGGCUUCUCUGAUGUGAGAUAUUCAAUAAAGGGAGAAAAUUCUGAACUCUUAUCAAUAGAUAGUAUCACAGGGGUUAUUCAGGUAGGUGAAAACAAAACGUUGGACCGUGAACGUCAAUCCGUUCUUAGAAUUGAAGUUGAAGCGUACGAUAUGCCCGCCGGCGGAGCUGACAGGCUCAAGUCAGUAGCGACUGUGCUGAUUGACGUACUUGAUGUAGACGACAAUACUCCUGUAUUUGAUAAGAGCGUUUACACUGCUGUUGUGCCCGAAAAUGUACCGAUUGGAAUAAACGUCGUAAAACUCACUGCAAUUGAUCCCGAUGAAGGACUUGGAGGUGAAAUCAAAUAUGAAUUUUUGGAUGAAGGAGAAGCACACGGUCUAUUUACAAUCGAUGCUACUACUGGAGAGGUUACAACCCGGAGUGCUCUCACUGGUCGCGGUCGCACGGACCCCUAUCGUCUGCUGGUAGGAGCUGUUGAUGGAGGUGGACAUUCAGGGGAUGCGUCCCUCUCACUCUAUAUAGGUGAUGUAAGCGCUAACGAUGGGGUACCUAGAUUUAUUAGACCAGCAGACGGCGAAGUACUUAAUGUUAGUGAGAAUGCUACGAUCGGAACAUCAGUGUACCAAGUGGUGGCCAGUGACCCUGAUGACCCCACUCAGCCGUCUGGACAAUUGUCCUAUUCAAUACAACAGGAUGAUGCAGAUUCUAAAAUAUUUAGUUUAGAUCCAGAAAGCGGUCUACUUACAACAAGACAGCCGCUUGAUCGUGAGAGUAAAGCCACGUACACACUAGUGUUAGUCGUCUCAGAUCAUGGCUCGCCACCUCAGCAGAGCAGCCGUAUUGUCACCGUUCACGUCGGGGAUAUAGAUGAUCAUAAACCACACUUCCAACGAGCACUGGAUGACCCACCGUUGCUGUUAUCUACAAAGGAGGAAGUACCAGUAGGAACGAUCAUUGGUACUUUAGAGGCUAUUGACGAAGAUAUAGGAGAUAAUGCAGCCAUAGACUAUGUUAUAACGGCUGGCAACGAGUUGGAAAUGGUGAAUUUACAACGAACAAAGGACAAUAAAGCUAACAUUGUGGCAUCAGGAAGACUCGACCGUGAGGCUGUGUCUAGACUACUUUUAACAGUCAAAUGUUUCAAAUACGAUACAAAACCACGCAUUAACAAGGAUUACAAUCGUUUGGAUGCAUCGGAAAUACAAGUAGUGAUCAAAAUUCUGGAUAUAGACGAUCAUCUUCCUGAAUUCGAGAGUUCAAACAUGACGAUAGGUGUUCGUCUAAACGUCGCCGUUGAUACUGUCAUUGCAACAGUAAAAGCCAAGGAUAAGGACCCAGAAGCGUUACCAAUAAACUACGCAAUAGUUAACAUGAGUUUCGUUUCACCAAUUAAAUCAAAAUCAUCGAAUAACACAUCCGAUGUUAUAGUCAUAAAUAAUGUGACAGGAGAAUUAAAAAUUAUGAGAAACUUAAUACAUUUUGCUGACGGAAUAUUUAGCCUUGUCGUUCGAGCCAACAACUCCAAUGAAACUGAUCGUUUUAGUGAUUUACAAGUGGAGGUGGUAGUUGUACGGGAGCGUGAUCUCCUUCGUCUGGUUCUGGGCGGAGACAGUCGGGGUGCGCGUGCGCAGGUCGCGGGACUAAAGGAACGAAUGUCGGCUGCGAUCGCACCACAGCGGCUUAAAUUACAAUUACAUGAAGCACCGAGACAUGACGUAUAUGAUAAUCUUGGACCAUGUUUCCAGUUCCGUAAAAUGGAAACCGGAGAGGCGCUCACUCCUAAAGCGAUGAAGGCCACCAUUCGCACCCUGGGAACAGAAUUCCAGGAUAUUCUUCAGACUUACAAAGUUCACAAUAUCACCUGGUGUGGGGCCACGCGCGCUGCUCCAGCACCCGCUCAAACUGCACUCCUUGCGGUCGCAGCGAUGUUACCAAUUGCUGCUUUCGUGGCCACACUUGUGCUGUGUUGUAUGCAUUCUCAUGCCAAACGUCGAAUGCGUUCAGCCCUGACCAGAGAAACACCGCCUCGUAUGUAUUCCGAGCCUCUCUACUCCACGUGA